AUGGCGCAGACAUCACUCAGGCUGACGAAUGGCAGCCCUAAACUUGGACAGCCGUUGGCAGGACUGAAGCCCAGCCAAAGCCCCUCUGGGUUUAAAGUGUGGACGGGGUUUAAAGUGUGGACAGGGUUUAAAGUGUGGACGGAGUUUAAACUGUGGACGGAGUUUAAAGUGUGGACGGGGUUUAAACUGUGGACAGGGUUUAAAGUGUGGACGGAGUUUAAACUGUGGACGGAGUUUAAAGUGUGGACGGGGUUUAAAGUGUGGACAGGGUUUAAAGUGUGGACGGAGUUUAAAGUGUGGACGGAGUUUAAAGUGUGGACGGGGUUUAAAGUGUGGACGGAGUUUAAAGUGUGGACGGGGUUUAAAGUGUGGACGGGGUUUAAACUGUGGACGGAGUUUAAAGUGUGGACGGGGUUUAAAGUGUGGACAGGGUUUAAAGUGUGGACAGGGUUUAAAGUGGAUCAGAAAGGAAACGUCUGCACACAGUUGGACUUCUGGAACAUCCACAGAAAUACUGUUGGACUUCAUCAGGGGUUGAGCUGGGUCCGGACAGGGCCCCGGAGAAGUUUCCAGAAGACUGAGUGUUCUUGGAGGUUGAACAUAAAAGGGGGUGGUUUCACCCCGGCUGCAUCAGGUACUCACAGGUCUGCUAAGCCCCUCCCUCCUGGUGCUGAGGUCACUUCCUGUGGGGCAGAGGAGACCAGAGGAGACCAGAGGAGAUCAGAGGAGACCAGAGGAGACCAGAGAGGACCAGAGAGGACCAGAGGAGAUCAGAGGAGACCAGAGGAGAUCAGAGGAGACCAGAGGAGAUCAGAGGAGACCAGAGAGGACCAGAGAGGACCAGAGGCCGGUGGUCCAGCAGACAGAAGGAAACUUGAGUGA